AUGAAGACCACUACCAUUGCCGUCGCGGCAGUCUCCCUCCUUCAAUUGGCCUCGGCCCAACCGUUCAGAGGACUUCGCCGCCAUCUUCACCACCAUGAGAAGAAGGAUGUAGUCACUGUCGUCGAAACUGACUAUACUGAAGAGCCUGAAAUUAUCGUGUAUGUGAACCAGGACGGCACACCUACAUCAACUGCAACUUCAUACCCUGCAGGCGCUCCUGUAACUUCAGCUACUCCUACGUCCACACCAGUAGCUGCGCUGGCUAUUUCAGUGACUCCAAUCUCUGUGGCCGUGCAAGUCAACAACGUAGCAAGUAGCUCUGUCGCAGACAGUUCGCCAGUUGCUUCCACCCCAGUCACCAGCAGCUCAGCUGCCCUUGCUACGACAAGCUCGUCUGCUCCAGCUGCUUCCUCGUCUUCAUCUUCAGAGGGCAGUGGUUUCGGAUUCUCGUAUUCGCCAUAUAACGCCGAUAACUCUUGCAAGACUCAAGCCCAAGUCAACACCGAUUUUGCAACGAUUGGAGAUGGAUACUCGCUGGUCCGAACUUACGGAACCGAUUGCAACCAGGUUGCCACCGUUCUCUCGGCCGCCAAGUCCAAGGGUUUGAAGCUGUUCGCCGGUAUCUAUGAUCUUGGCACCCUCAGUGCAGAAAUUGCACUUAUCGUUUCAGCUGCCAAUGGCGAUUGGAGUUCGUUUGAUACAAUCUCUAUUGGGAACGAACUUGUCAAUGCAGGUACCGCUUCCGCAGCCACUGUCGUUGCAGCCAUCAGCACAGCCCGAACUCUCUUGAAGGCUGCAGGUUACACCGGCAAGGUUGUCACUGUCGACACGCUCGUCGCCGCCAAGGCAAACCCCUCCCUCUGCGACAACUCGGACUACUGCGCUGUCAACUCCCACCCCUUCUUUGAUGGCAACACUGUGGCCUCAGACUCUGGUUCUUUCCUCACAAACUCCAUCUCAGACCUUCAGUCCGUGCUCGCAAACAAGAACCAAGAAAUUGUCAUCACAGAGACAGGCUGGCCAUGGCAAGGCGAGACAAACGACAAGGCCGUCCCUUCAGCCGCAAACCAAGCCGCCGCUCUAACUUCCAUCAAGACCGCGUUCGCAUCUAAGCCGAGCGGUGUCAUUCUCUUCACUAUAUUCAACGACUUGUGGAAGACGAACACGGCCGCGCAGUUCUCCGCCGAGCAGUACUGGGGUUUUCUUGGUAACUGUCCCUCUGGUUAG